UUAAUUUGAAAGUUCAACACCGGAAGUGUUUGACAGCAACACUCGCAGCUAGCAUGUAGCGGACCGCAAACUCUAUUUAAAUUUUAGAAAUGUGGCAUCGGCGCUGCUACAGUUGCUUCCAGCUGGACGUCACGUCGUAGUGUCUCCGUGUCUCAGUUAAAGUCAACUGUCACGACACGAAACGUCUUCGGUUCGUUUUGUCUCUGCGUAUAAACCGACUGUUAGCUUGUUCGCCGGAGUCAUGUAGCAGCAGCAGCUAGCUUGAAGCUAACGCAGGCUACAGGUCGGAGACGCGACAAACACUGAGGUGUCACAGUCCCAGGUCACGUCAUGGCCGACGACUCGCAGAGGAACUUCCGCUCUGCGUACUACGAGAAGGUGGGCUUCCGGGGUGUGGAGGAGAAGAAGUCCCUGGAGAUCCUGCUGAAGGACAAUCCUCUGGAUCUAGAGAAGCUGAGCACCUUCAGUCAGAGGUUCCCCCUCCCCUCAGUGUACCGGGUCCAUGUGUGGAAGGUUCUGCUUGGCAUCCUGCCUCCCCAUGGCGACUCCCACGCUCUGGUCGGCGGCUACAGGAAGGAGCAGUACCAGGACGUCCUGGAGGCCCUGGAGGUCAUGAGGUACAUCAGCUCCUCCACGCCCUCCACCCACGUCUACCUGCGCAUGUUCCAGCUGGAGAGCCAGGUGCUGCCGCGGUGCUCCGAGACCACACCGCCGGAUGAAGAAAACGAGGACUUCCUUUCCAUCAGCCGAGCCAUGGAGGAGAUCGUUGACGACCCGAUCGACUGCUACUGGCUGAUCAAGUGUUUCGUCAACCAGUUCCACACAAAGUUUGGAGACUCGAUCCCUCAUCUUCCGAAGAGCCUGGAGCAUUAUCUGAGUCAGGAAGAGCCUCGACUGCUGAGCCACCUGAAGAGCAGCGGCGCUCUGGCUCAGCUGCCGUACGGACUCUGGUUCAGACGCUGCUUCGCCGGCUGCCUGCCGGAAUCGAGCCUGCAGAGGGUUUGGGACAAGGUGAUCAGCGGCUCCUGUAAGAUUCUGGUGUUUGUCGCUCUGGAGAUUCUGCUGAGCUACAAUAUCAUGUUGAUGGGCAUCAGCCGGCCGGAGGGCAUGGUCAGGUUCUUGUGCAACAUCCCGCAGGAAAACACGGACGCCAUCGUGACCAAAGCCAUCGACCUGUGGCAUAAAUACUGCGGCACCCUGAUGCACGCCGCGUAGACGCACGGAGCUGCAGACACUUUCCCAGAAUUCAGCAGGAGAGACUUAACGGACUGUGGACUUCGCUGACCGUGGGGGCUUUGUCUCCGCUCGACUGAACUGAAGACUCCUCAUGAGCUGCUGUCGAUAAGCCGAGCGACUCGGGAACAACUUUCCACGUGGACCUGUCGGACAGUGGAAAUGGCGGCUGCACAGAGACGAUCACUGGAGCAUGUUUGUGUGUGAUCGUAAUACGAAACAAGGAACAAGGAAGCGUAAACUUAUUAAUUGUUUUAAUAAGUUUCUUUCUUUAAGAAACUGCAUACAUCGUAUAAGACUCAACAAUAAAUUAAUAACGACAUGCAGUUUUUUUCUGCUUUACAAAAACAAAA